ACGCUCCAGUCGCUCACAACCAGCUCCGCCAUGAAGACAUUCAUUGUAGCAGCCCUGGUGGCCACCGCCGCCGCCAGCGGUAUCAGCCCCAUCCUGUCCGGCACCGGCGCCCUGGCCGUGCCCGCGCUGGCUGGCCGUGGCCUUGGCUACGGCAAGGCCGUCGGCUACGGCAAGGCCGUCGCCGUCGACUACGCCGAGCCGCGGCCGUACCAGUACCAGUACGCCAUCGAUGACCCCAACUACGGACCGAUGGCCGCCAAACAGGAGGUGUCGGACGGUGCCGGUAACGUGCAGGGCUCGUACUCCGUCAACCUGCCCGACGGCCGCACCCAGAUCGUCAAGUACGUCGCCGACGGAUACAGCGGCUUCAACGCCGAGGUCAGCUACGAGGGCUACGCCCAGCACCCGCAGGUGGCUCGCGGCUACGGCAUUGGAGGCAUCGGUGUGGGCGCCGUGAAGAAGGUCGCCGCUGUGCGUCCUCUGAUCGCCACAAAGCGCGUGAGCCUGCUGGGAGGCGGCAUCAGCACCGGAGCCGGCCUGGGCCUGCUCGGCGGAAAGAGGAUCGGCGCCAUUGGUGCCGGAGCCGGCCUGGGCCUGGUGGGCAGGCCCAUCGGCGUGGCCAAGACCGGGCUGGGCCUUACGCUCCAGUCGCUCACAACCAGCUCCGCCAUGAAGACAUUCAUUGUAGCAGCCCUGGUGGCCACCGCCGCCGCCAGCGGUAUCAGCCCCAUCCUGUCCGGCACCGGCGCCCUGGCCGUGCCCGCGCUGGCUGGCCGUGGCCUUGGCUACGGCAAGGCCGUCGGCUACGGCAAGGCCGUCGCCGUCGACUACGCCGAGCCGCGGCCGUACCAGUACCAGUACGCCAUCGAUGACCCCAACUACGGACCGAUGGCCGCCAAACAGGAGGUGUCGGACGGUGCCGGUAACGUGCAGGGCUCGUACUCCGUCAACCUGCCCGACGGCCGCACCCAGAUCGUCAAGUACGUCGCCGACGGAUACAGCGGCUUCAACGCCGAGGUCAGCUACGAGGGCUACGCCCAGCACCCGCAGGUGGCUCGCGGCUACGGCAUUGGAGGCAUCGGUGUGGGCGCCGUGAAGAAGGUCGCCGCUGUGCGUCCUCUGAUCGCCACAAAGCGCGUGAGCCUGCUGGGAGGCGGCAUCAGCACCGGAGCCGGCCUGGGCCUGCUCGGCGGAAAGAGGAUCGGCGCCAUUGGUGCCGGAGCCGGCCUGGGCCUGGUGGGCAGGCCCAUCGGCGUGGCCAAGACCGGGCUGGGUCUUGUGGGCCGUCCCAUUGGACUCAACACACUGGCGUACGGCCACUAA